AUAAUCCGUUGUUAAACCAAGUUAUGCUUUUUAUUUUAUUGUCUUGUUUCACUUAUACAUAUAUUUUUUAAGUAAGGAUUUUCAAUUAAAUUUUUUUCUUUAAAAUAAAAAAAAAACAUGAACUUUCAAAAAACUACCAGCGAUUAUUCUUCAUUAGUUUCUUUAGUACGAAACCAACCAUAUCCAACAUAUCCGCAAUAUGCCACAUUCACAUCAAGAUUAAAAACAUAUAAUUUAUUUCCGCCAACUAUACCUCAAAACAAAUAUGUAUUGUCUGAAUGCGGAUUUAUAUAUACAGGGGUUCAAGAUAUUGUUGAAUGCUUCUCUUGUGGACUUGUAUUACAUGACUGGAAGAAGGAUGACAUUCCAUGGAUUGAACACUCGAGACAUAAUUCCAAAUGUAUUUAUGUAUUAUUAUCGAAAGGUAACCACUUUGUAGAACACAUAAUAACCAAAUGUGGAAGAACCAAAUGUAAUUGUGAAACUAAAUAUGCCACUCGCUCAACUGCUUAAACGUAUGAACGAUAAUAAA